AGUUCCCUUUCGCAACUAUUCUUUCCUAACGUUAGCUGGUUGUAAUGUUGAUAUUUGUCAUUUGCACCCGCCCUGCUCCAUGCAGACGAUACUAUUUCGUCUUCCGAAACACUGAAACUUGACUUGAGCUGGCCUUUUGGAUGGGUUUUGUAGUGGAGUCUUUGUUUCCCGUUGCUGACUAUAAAAACUCCAGUAACCGUCAGCCUUUGUUCACUGAUUGAAGUCAGGUGGUAGCCUAACAGGGCUGUGUGGAGCGAAGCUGGGUCACUGGUUGUAAUGUGUAUUCGAGAAAUGGUUUGUACUUGAGUGCACUCGAACAAGCCAAGCCUGGACAAGUGGGGAAUGGGCCAUUGGAGUCACCCACUGCUGAAACCGUGCUGUUAGCCUGCGCUCAGCAAGUUCACCAUGAUGCCCAUGACUUUUGAAGUGUCUAGCAGCGUGACACUGCUGUUUGACUUCUGGGAUGUGCACGGGCCUGCAGGGAUGGUGCUGUCUGUGUUUGUGGUCUUGUUGCUGACGGUCUUGUACGAGGUUCUCAAAGUGUGGAGAGUGUGGUUGGGAUGUAGCUCAAAGCUGGCCCGGGCUCCGUCUGUGUACGCCACCGCUCAGUCGAUGCAUAGUGACAGCAACACCGUACUGGAUAGCACCCCCUCUGAAUCCUCGCUGACCCCCAUGGAACCCCCUGCUCUGAACACCAGACACAGGUACACCAGACACAGCUUGUUGCUGCACGGUAUCCAGACACUCCUCCACAUAGUGCAGGUGUCUCUGGGCUACAUGCUGAUGCUGUGCGUCAUGUCCUACAACACCUGGAUCUUUCUUGGGGUCAUCGUGGGCUCUGUCCUCGGUUAUUUCAUCUCAUUCCCUCUUCUGGGUCAGGUCUGAUGGUAUGGGCCGUUCAGACAGAGGACAAGCUUUUUGCAUCCCUCUCUCUUUAGUUCAUGCUCUGGACACUAAAUGGAAACUACUGACUUGACUAAUAUUGUGUGUUGUUCUAUUGGUCUGGGCACACUUAAUAUUUGUGAAGGUUUUAAUACUGGGGAGGGCAUAAAAGUGAAUUGUGAAGAAUGAGCUGCUCAACACUUAAGGUUGGAUUAAACUCCAUCUGGAUGUGGAAAGUUUCGGUCAUUCUAAAUGAAUGUGAUCAGUUUCUGUCUCUCUUUGGUUUCUGGCCUCAGUUGCUCACUUGAAUUCAGCUGGACUUUCAAAGUUAAAGCAUUUGUCUUUGACAAGGGAUGUUGGAUAUAAUUUCUUAAUUAAAUAGGUUAAAAGGACCGAAGCAGCAGACAUCUAAGUGAGUAAUGUGUGUGGAAAAUGGAUUUUAGUCUCCAGUGGAGAGUGUUGCUCACUUAAACUCUUCUCUUUAUGUUGAUUUAUCCUGAAAGUGUGUGAUGGAUUCAAAGAGGAACAAAGCAUUUGAAACGUCCACAGCAGAAGUACAAUAAAUUUGCAAGGAAGGAAGUCAUCCACAGCUUGAAGCAUACUGACAGGCUGUUGAGUUGACCAACCAACUGAGGUUGUGACGAUAUCUGAAUUCCACAUAUUGUAUCUUUUUAAACAUGUGGUAUCGAAAAAGUAUUAAUACUUUUGACAACCUUAAACAGUUGAAGGUGUUAUGACACUACAGAUGAAAAAAUGACUUUCUGUUCGUUAGGAAAGGAGGGCUGUGACUAUGUUGAUAAGACAGUGCUACUGAAACUUUAAAUGAAACUCACCCUAAAGACUUUGAUGUUUUUGAAGUAUUAAAAAAGCAAUGUUUUGAGUGGAACAAACAAAUAUUAAAGCAUUAUUGAGUACA